AUGUCGAGGAGCGCCCCCCGCUCGGCUCCGGCGGCGGGCACGUCCCUGCCCUCGGCGCCCGGCGGCGGCGGGGCCGAGGCCAGCAGCAGGAGCACGAUGGCGGGCAGCGCCUGCCGCUUCUUCGCCCCUCGCAUCUCUGCGGCGCUGGGAGGAGGCAGAGAGCGAAGGCGGUCAGCGGCGGGCCCCGCCCGCCCCCCAUGCCGCGCCCGGGGGCACCCCCGCCUGCCGCUCCGCACGCCUGGGCCGGGCGCGGCCGGCGGAGGGACCGCGGAACGGGGACCCGACGGGCCGCUGGCCCCGCUGGCCCCGCCGGCCCCCGCGCUCGCCCGGCUCCGCGGAGCCUGCGUUUAA